GCGUCUUCUACGGCUCACCCUGAAAACACGGAUCAACUCUUUGCGUUUUCCGAAGAGCGAAUACUUCAAAACCGGGGCACAAGUCGCAGCUUUUGAACAUCGAUCGGUCAUGCAGGUGAUGAUCUUUUUGGUGGCUGACGUUGUCGGCUCGCCCCAGCUGGAGGCCAUCAGAGCAUACCUUGACUGGUAUCUCUACUGCAACGCCGCCUCUCACACCAAGAGAAGUCUUUCCGAACUACAAGCCAAAUCAACAAG